AAAAUGGACAUGGCAUCGGGAUACGACGGUCACAUCUCAAAACGACAAAGAACUGAAGAUGGAAGGGGAGAAAGGGAAGAUCCUCACAAACCAAGUCCAUCUCCUGUGGUCCACGUUAGGAACCUGUCUGAAGCCACUGUGGAGACCGACCUUGUCCAUGCUGUACAGCACUUCGGCACCGUGAGCUAUGUGAUCAUGAUGCCAAAGAAGAGGCAAGCUUUAAUUGAGUUUGAAGACAUUGAAAGUGCAACAAGCUGUGUCACCUAUGCAGCAAACAAUGCUAUCUAUGUGCGGUCCCAGGUUGCCCUGUUCAAUUUUUCCACCAGCCAGCGUAUCCAGAGACCAGGUGGUCCUGAUGACAAUAGGAUUGGCAAUCAUAUCCUGCUGUUUACUAUCCUGAGACCUGAGUACCCUAUAACAGUGGAUGUGAUGCAUACCAUCUGCAGUCCCUAUGGAGAUGUACAGAGGAUCGUCAUCUUCAAGAAGCAUGGGGUGCAGGCUAUGGUUGAAUUUGAAAAUACUCCCUGUGCAAAGAGAGCAAAGGAGGCAUUGAAUGGAGCGGACGUCUACUCAGGCUGCUGUACACUCAAGAUUGAAUUUGCUAAGCCUACUAAGCUGAAUGUUGUGAGAAAUGACCCUGAAUACAGCUGGGACUACACCAAUCCAAACCUAGGAAAAGACAUGAACCAGCCCCAACAGAGAAAUGCCCCACUGCUACAGAACCCACGUUACAGCAGUGGCCCAACUCCUUUUAACGCAGGAUCAGAUCCUCAAGGCAUGGGACCUGGUGGAGGCUAUGAGCAUGGACACGGGCACAGCCAUGGUCACCAGGGCAUGGGAUCAGGCAGUGGAUAUGGGAUGUAUGACCAUGGAGAUUCAUACGGAGGUUAUGGAGGUCAUAGUGGUCCCUCUCGACAACACUAUGGUCAUGAGAUGCAACAGGAUAGAUUUGCACCUAAACCACCACCACAGGAGCCACGAGGAUAUGGACGAGGCCCUCCUCAUGGCCAGGGAGGCUAUCAGGACCAAGGAAUGAUGAACACAGGUGGACCAGGCCAGGGCAGUGCCAGUCAGGGGGCAGUCCUCAUGGUGUAUGGUCUCAACAUGGAAAAAGUUAACUGCGACAGGCUCUUCAACCUUUUUUGUCUCUAUGGCAAUGUUGUGAGGAUCAAGUUUUUGAAGAGUAAGGAAGGAGCAGCCAUGGUACAGCUUGGGGAUAGCAUGGCUGUAGACAGAGCUCUACAGAAUCUCAACAACACUUUCUUCUUUGGCAGCAAGAUGCAGCUUGGACCAUCCAAGCAAGCAUUUCUACAAGAUGUUCCUAAUCCCCAUGACCUUGCUGAUGGAAGCUGUUCAUUUAAGGACUACAUGGGCAAUCGUAACAACCGAUUUACCAAUCCAGAGUCUGCCAGUAAAAAUCGCAUUCAGACAGCUUCGAAAGUCCUGCAUUAUUUCAAUGCACCUCCAAACAUCUCAAAUGAAGAUAUUGAACAGAUAUUUGAAAAUGCUGGUGCCCCAAAACCCCCCAAAAUCAAACAGUUUCCAACAAAGUCGGAUAGAAGCUCAACAGGCUUGGUGGAAUUUGAAUCCAAAGCAGAAGCAACAGAGGCUCUGGUAUUGACUAAUCACACCAACGUACCAAACCCAUCUGGGAAGAAUCCGUAUGUUUUCAAGUUGUGUUUCUCUGCUACACCAAUCCAGUUCUCCUAGUUAUCCUUAGAUGUAGCUAGCUAAAAACAGGCAUCAGACACCUAAAGAUAGACUGACAGAUGGCACACAUCACCAAUUCCCAGAUAAAACAUGAUUUGAGCCUUGUAAACGUCAGUGGAAAAGAAGCAUUUGUUGGACCAAAUAUGUUUUGUAAAAUAAUACAUACAAUGGUACAUAUUUUAAGUUCUAAGACUUAAAUGUUGUAAAUGUUUAUGUUAGGAAACCAUAAGUUGAUCAAAGUAGUUUUAUAGACUGAGUAAGUACCGGGCAGUUCUUGUUUGUUUUUAUUUGUAUUGAAGACAUAAACAUAUUUCAUUUACAAAAAAAAAAAAAAAAAAAAAGGAAUGAAGAAAGAAUCUUAAAAUUAAUUUGUGCAUAAUGCCUGAACAAAGAAUUGCCAUUAAAUAGAAAACAGUAUCAAUAUUAAAUGUUGUAAUGCAGCAUGUAUGGUAGAUGUUGUGUUAAUUCUUCAAAACUGGUAUUGUUUGAAUACUUUUUUCCUUAGACUACCAUCAUUAAAUGUUGGGCUAUUAGAAUUGCCCUACGUCCAUGAUCCCUUGAAACCAAUCCUGUUAUCAUUAUUCCUUGAGAUGUACGUAAAGGAUAUAUUUCAAACUUAAUAUGUAGGCUCCCCUUGAUUAUUGAUUUUGAGAUUGAUCAGAAAAAGAAAUGGGCUGACAGGUUGUCUUUUUUUAAGAGGAAUUUUCACUUUUGAUUUAAGUAGAAGCAAGAACAAAGGAAGAAAUAGAAAAGAAGGGAAAAGAUUCAAACAUAGAAAAAAAUACCAAACAAUGGUGGGUGCCAAGAUCUCUCUAGGAUCUCUAUUCUACACAUGAAAUUUAAUUUUUGUUUUCGUUUUUCCCCAAAAAAGAAAAGCUCACACAAAGAUGUGAGGCAAUUAUAUAUAAUUCUAUUUUUUCUUUCCUCAAAGAAUUGAACAUGCAAUAAGUUUCAAAGGGAAUGCAUUGUUUAUGAUUAUUUUCAUUGGGGUAGGUAUAUUGUGGUAAUAUUUACACAAAAGUGUAGCAUUGUUUAUAAAGACACUAUAUAGACUUGUAAAUAUGGCUGUAAUCAAAAUGUUGUGAGACAUGUUGCAUUUAAGAAUGACAAGAACAUACCAUUAGUUAAAGAGGGUAAACUGGCAAAGCUUCAAAUACAGAAUUACACGAUUUUAUAGCGUUGUUGUUUUCCAAGUAAUCAUAUUGUUUAUUAGAAGUGUCUGCCUCUUUUAACUAUCAAACAAUUUGUGUUGUAUUCCUCCCUCCACAAGUUUUAAGCUGAUAAAGAUAUAAUGAUGUUAAUUCUAAUAGAAUUUUUAGGUCACCAGAGACAAAGUCUCAUGGUGAUCUAUUGCAAUCACUUUUGUCUGGCGUCAUGUGUCUGUAAACUUUUAAACAUUUUUAACUUCUUACCAAAAACCCCGAAAACGAUUUCAAUGAAAUUUUGCCGAAAGUGUCAAAUUGACCCAGAUAUGGUAGUAUCAAAUGCUUUCAUAGUUGAAAGGGCCUUAAGGUGAAUUUCAUGGUCCCAGGGUCUCACUAUGUAUUCACAUAGUUAACUUAAUAUUGGAAAAGUAUAUUUUUGAGUAUAAUUUGUUAAAUUUCCAUUGAAAAUGUUUAAAACUUGGUUAGAAUUAUGAGUGAAGGAUGACAGCUUGAUGAUCUGCCCAUAUCGAUCCUGGCGUACCCCAUGGGGUGAUGGGCUGGGCCUAAAGGGAUCAGAUUGACUUCAAUUUCAAAACUCUUCUUCUCAACACCGGGGUAUGGUAGAAUCAAAUGUACUUCAUAUAUGGAUGCAUCUUAAGGUGCUUUACCAAAAUGGGCCUCCUAUUUCUCAUAGGGUUAGAGAUUUACUUUAUUAUAAUUUUUAUAGAAAAAUUGCAUUUUCAGCAUUACGUUGUUUAUUCCCACUGGAAAUAACUUUGUAAGAAUUAUUAGUAUAGGAUGAAGAGUAUUGAUGGUAUGGAUGUAUUGACACUGGAUUACUAUCACCAAUGUCACAAUUUCUGUUUCAUGACACUUGAAAGCUAUAUAUCCUUUAACCUUUAUAUUCAAUAUUGCUUAUCUCAGGUGACCGUCAAGGCCACAAGUCCUCUAAUGUACCUGAUGUUUCAGCUUUAGGAAUAAUAUUGUUGAUUUUUAUUCAAAAUUUUGACAUCAAAUAAUCAUAGAUUCAUUCAAAACCUCUAAUGUAUAAAGUAUUCAUUGAUAUAAGUCAUGCAUGGUUGAACAAAUUAAAAACCGUUUGUCUUACAUUCAUGUACAGUCGUCUCCUUACAUAGCAUUUCCAAUAAGCAGUCAAGCAAACAUCUUCAAAUAUUUUGUAAAUUUCAGUUGUACGGCCAAUCAUGGUUUCAUAAAUUACUCUUGACAAGUUUUUAUUCACAAUACUUAAAAUAAAAUUUUACAAAGAG